AUGAUGAAGUUUUCCUCUAUUCUUGAGAGGAUUUCUCUUCCUGUGCCAGUGGGGGUCCCUGGCUCUGCUGUUCCAGCAAUAUUGGUUGGACUUUUCGUUGCGUUGGGGGGUGUCCUUUUCGGAUACGAUACAGGAAAUAUCAAUGGCAUCCUUGCCAUGAAACAGUUUAGAGACCAGUUCUCGACAGGGUUUACUGACACAAUUGACGGACAAGAGAAUCAACGCGAUUUCACUGCAGGACAGAAAGCUCUGAUUGUCUCGAUAUUGUCAGCUGGCACAUUCUGCGGCGCCUUGCUCGCCGCUCCUGUCGCAGAUCAAAUCGGCCGUCGAUAUGGCCUGAUGGUGUCGUGUGUAAUUUUCAUUGCCGGUGCUUUAUUGCAGGUUAUUUCGAGCACCAUUCCUGUCUUUGCUGUAGGCAGAUGCGUCGCUGGUCUGGGUGUUGGUAUGCUAUCAACGCUUGUACCACUGUACCAAGCCGAGACUGCACCGAAAUGGAUCAGAGGAGCCAUCUGUUCUGCCUUCCAGUUCGCAGUGACAUUUGGCCUGUUCCUAGCGGCCAUUGUCAAUAACGCCACCAAGGACCGCACCGAUUCUGGCGCGUAUCGCAUCCCCUUAACCGUACAAUUAGCCUGGGCUGUCAUCCUUAUUCUUGGCAUGUUCGCUCUUCCAGAAACACCUCGAUAUCUCAUCAAACGUAAUCGACGCGAAGACGCUGCUCGUUCUCUUGCUCGCUUGCGACGACUUCCCAUGGACAGCCGAUAUCUGGCCGAGAUUGCGGAGAUUGCUGAACACCACGAACGUGAGCUCAACCUCGGCGGAAGCUCAUACCUGGACUGCUUCAAGGGAAGCCUUGGAAAACGACUCCUGACGGGAUGCCUGUUGCAAGCAUUGCAGCAGCUCACCGGUAUCAACUUUAUAUUUUAUUACGGCACAUCUUAUUUUGCGAGUGCCAACAUGGGCAAUGCAUUUGCUAUCACCAUGAUUACCAAUAGCGUCAAUAUGCUGGCGACUAUCCCUGGUCUGUUGAUGAUUGAGAGAUGGGGACGGCGACCACUUCUACUCUUUGGCGGCGUUGGCAUGGCCAUCUCUCAAUUCCUUGUAGCUGGGUUAGGCACAGGUCUGAGUCAAAACGACGCUACCAAUAAGGCGUCCAUAAUCUUGAUCUGUCUUUUCAUCUUUUUCUACGCAUGUUCAUGGGGCCCGGUAGUUUGGGUAGUCCCUGGCGAGAUAUUCUCGCUCAAAGUGCGAGCCAAAUCUAUGUCCUUGUCGACGGCAUCCAACUGGCUUAUCAACUGGGCUUUGGCCUACUCCGUUCCUUACAUGGUUGGUUCCGGCACAGGGAACUUGAAUUUACAAGCCAAAAUGUUCUUCAUCUGGGCCAGUUUCUGUGUCCUUGCCAGCAUUACCGUCUGGUGUCUGGUCUACGAGACCAAAGGUCUUUCCUUGGAACAGGUCGAUGAGAUGUACACCGAGAUCGAUAAGGCUUGGGAAUCUCAUCACUUUCAAGCUAUAGUUGCACUUCGGACCUCUCAGCGUCGUUCUCUCAAUGCCCAAGCACAACCUUGGAAUCGUCAUAGUGCAAAAACCCCGUCAUAUACCGUGCAUAUUGAAGCUUCAUGCUCUUCAACGAUGGAGGAGAGCGAGCGCCAUCAGUCGCGGUCAAGUAGGGGUACCGCGACUGAGCAAGAACCUUCUAUUAUGUUGCGACAGUUUCCUUAG